AUGCCUCGACGGCAUGCAACCCUCGAGCUGGACUCUAGCCGUCUCCCUCGGCAGGUUGCAGUGAUUGUCGAGGAUCGGGUGAUUUACUCGCGGCAGGAUGCCGGGUGGCAAACGCUCGCCUCUGCCACAUGGAAGUUGUUCCAGGUUGCUUCUUCCAUCCCACCUGAGCCUCCCCCUUGUGCCGCUGGGCAUCAACUUUCGAGGUGCCAGGUCGAGAGACAUGGGACGCUAACAGAGGCACCGAGAAGCCCCUCCAAGCUUGGCCCAGACCUAGGAGACCCCCUGUUGAAUAAAACCCGAAAGGCUACCUCAUGCACUCAGCCCAACGCGACGGGAACUAAAUAA